AUGUCCCAACAGAAUCCCAAUAAACCUCCAAACCAUUCUCCCCCGAGGACACCCCCCUCCGCGGCCUCCAAAUAUAACCCAGCCAAGAGAGGGUGCCAGCCACGUCCCUCGGUACGCGAGACCUUCUUGGACGAUGUCACCCCGGCAGACAACACCACUAGCAGCAAUGAUUCGGGGGACGAGCGGGAUCCACAUGACUUGUCUUUGUCGCCGAAGCAUGCGGCCCGUACUUCCAUCGUUGACAACAUGCUCCUUUCUCUAGAUCAAUUUGCUUCAGGUACCUCCGUUCUGGAUGAUUACCGCCUCUUCAACUCCGUAUUCGAGUCCGACACGUACGGCCGCAGUUCGCAGGACUCCGUGGCACAACCUCGUUACCGAGGCCACACGUUCUCCUCGUCUUUGUCGUCCGAGGCUGAGUAUGCCUACAAUGAAUCGGUUGGUCGCGGUGCGACACAGUCGGGAAGAGGCCGCGGGAGCACCAGCAGCUCCAAUUGUCAUUCCAGCCUUCGGAGGUUUGAGAGUGCUCGUGGUCGAGACGGCACCGGGUCCCGCGGUCAAGUAUAUGAUCAUCGAGUCAAUUCGGGUGGUGCCCCAUCUGCGGGGAGGACAACAGGGCGACAAAGCAGCAAAGAAAGCUCUUCUCCCAUGGAUUCUGGCCCUGCUCUUGUACGGCAUCCUGCUGAGUCGACUACGGAGACACGCUCUGCAAGCUUCGACUACGGUUUCAGGUCCCCGUUUGUGCCCUUUGCAGAGGCGCACGAUGGGCAUGACGGGAUGGAUGCAGCUCCUACACCAAGCGUUCCCGCUGGCCCGCGCAAAUACCAGUCUCCCUCCCAGGGCGAACAUACAGGAACACUUAACUAUCAGUCAUCACGAACACCGGUAGCAUCUCGAAGAAAUAGUGUGCAAUCGGCGCGCACCAACCAGUCCAGAAGUGUUCGGCCGGAACACAUCGGCACAGCCACCGCCAGGGGACGAGAAAACGAGUUGGCAAAUUUCGGUGAAUCGGGUCUUGACGCUCCUCCGACUAUACCGGCUUCACACGAUCCCCCGGCUCCCAGCCCUACCAUAUCGUUCAACAAGCCUAUGUCUCCUCUUCCAGAUCCAGCCCCAACUAAGGAGCGACCAGGGUUCUUCCGGCGUGUGUUUGGAUCGUCGAAAGUUUCUACCCCUGGACCGCCAGAUAGCAGCCAGUUGGCCUUCCAGCUGCCCCAAGAAAAUGACUCAAAGGAGCCGAAUGCACUAGGCACUAACUCUAAGAUGCGGAGACAACCUCUGAAAAACACUGCGACGGCCGCCAUCACGGGCCGAGAAGGAAUGUCUCAAGUGGUAAACAAGAAAUCAUCUUUCUUCCGCCGGCGGAAGAAAUCUAUUGUUGAAACCACUCCGCCACCCGUUUUGCCAACCCAGGAGCUGAACACAAAAACAGCGGAGUGUAGUGUGCCGGUGUCCAGCCCUGUGAGCAGUUUGAGAAAGAUCAUGGACUCUUAUAUUGCAGACGCUGGUGGUCAGACGUCAGGCAACACCAUUGAGUCCCCCAAAACUAUCGACGGAGCGGAGGACUCAUUGGCCAAAAAACCAGGAAAUCUACUGUCUCCGAAAUGGGAUAAUUCGAAACCCAGAUACAGCCUCUACCCUGCUACUUCGUCCAACUCCACACCUAAUGCUGCGACUCUGGGGCCCAGCAGCGGCAAUGAGACUGUGGCUUCCCAUUCUGGCUGCUCAGACAAUGGCCACUUUGCCGAUCGCAUGCAAGAGCAGCUACCGGCCAGAGAAAAUGUCGAGCCGCACAACAGUGGACAGGAGCGUAGUGAGGCGGAUCGGAUCCGCGAUUCUUUGCAGAACACUUUGUGUCCUCCGGAAAAUACCGCCCCCUCCUCACUCUCGCCCGUAGUGGAGAACUUCUCUCAAAAGAGUGUGUCGCCCACCGAAGCCCUCGAUGACACGCAUUCGUUGGAUACCAAUGAACUGGCGGAGGUCAAGGACCAGUCUGGACCGACUCAACACGACGAUAAGCCGGAAGAGGCCAGCGAGCUGUCGAGCUCUGUAGUUCGUAAACAAGAGUCUCCUGCAGCCUCGACAUCCGAGAUCUCCAAUUACUGCACAGCUUCCAAUACCCCCGUAGUCCCCACAGCAGAUCAGAAGACCACUGAUAUAGCGGAGGAUCAAACGGAUCUUACUGAUGACGUGGUCGGUAUGCCAGCCGCAUCAGACAAAGAGCAAGCGCAAAAGCUCUACGACAGUCAGGAUCAAAUGGUAGGCUGUGAGUCAGUUGGCGCUUGGCUUGGUGGCCCGGAGCGUUCUGCUAUCCGAAAUGCAUACAUGGAGCUUUUCGACUGGUCGAGCAUGAAUAUCUUGGCGGCGCUCCGAAGCCUAUGCAACCGCCUAGUAUUGAAAGGUGAGACGCAACAAGUUGACCGGGUCUUGGAUGCUUUUUCCGCACGAUGGUGCCAAUGCAAUCCGAACCACGGCUUCAAGGCUACAGAUGUUGUUCACACUAUCUGCUAUUCCCUCCUUCUCUUGAACACCGACCUGCAUCUGGCAGACAUAGAGCAGAAGAUGACAAAAAAUCAAUUCGUGCGGAACACGAUGCCGACGAUCCACCGAGUAGCCGUAGAUGCCGCUCCAGAUGAGUUUGAAGCUCUGGCUCCGGGGAACAAAUCCAAGACCCCAGUCGCGGAUUCAUCUCGGCCUCAGCAUGACGAAGGCGAGAAAUCUACCAACCCUCCUGCCAAACUUAUGAACCGGCUUUCUCGCACCGAUCUUUCGGUAAAAUUAGCAGGAGACCCUGACAGUGAUACGGGCCCAUUGGUCAAUCUGCCUUUCUAUGGGUCUAUGAGGGCUUGGGAACAGCAGGUUGAGACUGUCCUCCGGGAUUUUUACUCCUCUAUACAGAAGCAGAGGCUUCCACUACACGGUGCCCAGGUUGAAAAGGAAGGGCCUCGGAGCUCGUCCACUAAUUUGCUAAGCCCGAAUCCAGGUGGCCUACGCAGAAGCCCUAGUACCGUUAGCAAGAGCGGCUCCGAUAUCUAUCCGCGCGGCCGCUCGGCCGACUCUCGGUAUGGCACGGCACGCUGGUCCUCCAAACCCCGUUCGCGGGUGAGGUUAUACCCCCCUUCGACCAUGGGCUCCAGUCGGACCAGCUUGGAAGACCAGUCGUCCCUGUGGAGUCCCUCCGCUUCCAGCACCUGGAGUAAGUAUUCCUUAGGAAAACUGACAUCUGCGUCGGUCGACUCGUUCGGGUCCGAGUAUAUGCGCGGGGAUUACCAGCAAUCCAUUGGUUUCGCCAAUGCGUUAAGUCAGGCUAUUAUACGGGAGGAUUAUGCCCAUUCAAUUACGAGCGUGGAGGACCCUGGACGGACCAUGGCUCUCCUGGAAGACGAGACGUUACAGCUGGCCGGCGCGCCUUGGGCCAAAGAGGGAAGUCUGAAGCAUAAACAUCACUUGGAUUCGGUGGACAAAAGGGCCAAGGACCGUAAUUGGAAUGAGUGUUUUGCCGUCAUCCAGCAAGGCUGGAUGCGUCUUUUCUCUUUCAACUCAUCCGCGAAAUCCGUCAAGCAAAAGGCCAAACAGCGCCAACCUGGCGGCGUCGUGGUGGGGGGGGGGAAUUGGACGGAGAAUGCCGAGGAAAUCUGGAAGUUUUUGCUGCGGCAGACCAUUGCCAGCGCGCUCCCGCCGCCGGGGUACUCCAAGUCCCGUCCCCAUGUCUGGGCUCUGAGCUUGCCCACGGGCGCGGUGCAUCUCUUUCAAGUGGGGACCCCGGAGAUUGUGCGCGAGUUUGUCUCCAGUGCCAAUUAUUGGAGCGCAAGGCUCUCCAAGGAACCCCUCAUCGGAGGCAUCAGUAAUAUCGAGUACGGCUGGAGUGACGCCUUGAUCAACAGUGCUCUGAUUACACCCGAGAGCGCCAGAACGCCGCCGUCCUCAUCAGGGGCACGCCCCAGUAUCCAGAGCUCCAUUCGUAGCUCCAUUGAUCAGCAAGGGGGCAUUCGACCCAAACUUCCGGCCGACCGCGUGCACAUCAGCGACUGGGCUCCCCCGCAGCAGAGCAUGACGGCCUCCACGCUGGCCGAAGCUGACCAGCUGUCGGCCUUGCGGUCGUAUGUUAAGAGCGUGGAGGAGGAACUUCAGCGACACAACGAGCUCCGACCCGCCAUGGUUUUGGCGUUCUCACCUCGGCAUCCUAAUGCGUCCAAGGCGAUGGCCAACUGGGAGCGCAAGUCAUCAUAUCUGCUGCGGGAGAUUGUGAAAUUUCGCACGUAUAUCGACUCUCUCCAAGGCGGAAUUGACCUUAAGAACAAGAUCUAUGCGUCCCGGGAGGGUGAGGAGAGUACUCCCUCGUAA